AUGCGUUCUCUAAAAUUGGAAGAAAUUGAGGAAGAAUAUAAAGAUUUGUGGCCUGGUGGGCAUUGGAGACCUAAAGAAUGUAAAUCCAGGCAGAAAGUUGCUAUUGUUGUGCCUUAUAGAAAUAGAGAACCUCAUUUACGAACAUUUCUUCAUAAUAUUCAUCGGUUUUUACAAAAACAACAAUUAGAUUAUGCAAUAUUUGUUGUUGAACAAAUGGGAAACAAAUUACCUUUUAAUAAAGCGAGAAUGACAAAUAUUGGCGUUUUAGAAGUAAAGAUUAUUAUUAUAAUGUAA